UGUUCGACAAUAACUCGUCUCUUAUCUUAAUACUACGGAGCCAAUAAAUAAGUUCAAUAAACCUGGCAGAUAGAUAAUAUAGAUUAUAUAGGCCAAGCGCGGUACACUGGAUUUUCAAUUAUUUGUAGAAUACGUUCUUAGUGUGUAGUGUGAAACAAAAUGCGUUUGGUAAUUUUGGACGAUUCCAAAGGUGUUGCCGAAUGGGCUGCCAAGUACGUGAUAAAGCGAAUAAAUGAAUUCAACGCGGGACCGAAUAAAUAUUUUGUAUUGGGACUGCCAACAGGGAGUACUCCGUUGGGAAUGUACCAAAAACUAAUAGAAUUUUACAAGGCAGGAAAAGUUAGUUUCAAAUACGUUAAAACUUUUAACAUGGACGAAUACGUGGGGUUGCCAAGAUCCCAUCCAGAAAGUUACCAUUACUUCAUGUGGAAUAACCUUUUUAAACACAUUGACAUCGAACCAGAUAACGUUCACAUUUUAGAUGGAAACGCGGAUGACUUAUCCACUGAAUGCCUUGAUUACGAAAAAAAGAUUAAGGAAGCUGGAGGGAUUGAGCUUUUUAUAGGAGGUAUUGGUCCGGAUGGUCAUAUUGCUUUCAAUGAACCUGGUUCUUCCUUGGUAUCUCGUACAAGGGUUAAAACUUUAGCCCAAGACACGUUAGAGGCAAAUGCAAGGUUUUUUGGAAAUGAUAUUAGUAAAGUUCCUAAACAAGCUUUAACCGUUGGUGUUGGAACAGUAAUGGACGCUAAAGAGGUUAUGAUUUUAAUAACUGGUACUCACAAAGCUUUUGCUUUAUAUAAAGCAAUUGAAGAAGGUGUAAAUCAUAUGUGGACUGUGUCAGCUUUUCAACAACAUCCACAUACUCUAAUGAUUUGCGAUGAAGAUGCUACAUUGGAGUUAAAAGUGAAGACUGUCAAAUAUUUUAAGGCUCUAAGCAACGUUCACCAUAAGCUUAUCGAAGAAACUAAUCCCAUUGAACAAACUAGAUAUAUUCAUUGAAUUGGCUUUAGCAGAUCUUCACAACAAAUUGGUUGAUGGAUAAUGGGUUUUUUUAUUUUUCAUUCCUACAUUUCUAAGUAAUAUUUUUAUGUAUC